CACCACUGCACAAAAUGCUUUUCCUCCCAGCUGCUGCUCUGUGCUGUCUGUGUUCAGCGCUGGUUGCCAUGGCAGCACAGCUGACCCAGGACCAGUUAUCAGUGACCAGGAGAGUUGGUGAAAACAUCAUCCUGAGCUGUGGAGGAGCUGAGCCGUGUGAUAAAAAACAGGUGUACUGGUACCAGCAGACAGAAACAGAACCGCUCAGAGUGAUUCUACGUAUCGAUCUGAAUGAUGGGAAAGUUAAUAAUCGCUACAGUCAUCCUCAGCAAGGUGAUUUCUCAGCCUCGAGGAAGCGGGACGGCUGUGAGAUGACGAUCACGGGUAUCAAACAAGUCCAUUCAGCCACCUACUACUGCGUCUGUUGGCAAACUGCAGCCCACAGAUCCACUGACAACAGAUACCUCAUCUUUGGCUCUGGGACGAAACUGUAUGUAACAGAUGAGCAGGUAGUGAAGCCCAUGGUGAGCGUGUACCCAGCAGCAUCCAGAGCCCACCUGGAGGGGAGGAGCUCCCUGCUGUGUGUGGCCUCAGCCAUGUUUCCUCCUCUGGUCCGCUUCUCCUGGAAAAGACGAAAGGAGAAUCAGGAGCAGUGGCUCCCUGCUGAGGGAGAGCAGCUGGAGCUCAGAGAGUCAGGACGCACCGCCGCCAUCUUGCUAGUUGACAGGGACGCUCGCCACACGUAUAAAUACCGCUGCUCGGUCCAGCACGAGGGGGGCAGAGACGAGGUCCAAACAGAACAAGAGGUUCCGGCAGCUCUUCCACCAGCACCUCCACCAGUACCUUCCGGGCCGUCUCAGCACCGGGUGAAGCUGCUCUGUGUGCUCUACACAGUGCUGAUAGUGAAGAGUCUGGUGUACUGCUGUGGACUCUCUCUGCUGAGCAUCUUCACAAAGAAGAAACCGUCCAGCGACUGAAGAUGAAGUCCAGAGCCGGUCCCUGUAGUCCAGAAUGUGAGAAGCCCAUUCUCACGUCAUCGUCUUCCUCUUCUCAGUACCUGUUAGCAAAACUCAUUCAGCGGUUCUGUUGAUCCAAAAACAGCAGCAGCAUCGCUUCAGACAUUUUUAUGAGAACAUGUUGAUGACGUCAUUAUUGUGGAGCUCAGUAAUACAUCAGGUAACGUGUAACACAGUGACAUAUCUUUAUGUAAUUUGUUGUAUCAUAAUUAGAGAAACUCUGUAAAUAGAUAACAGUUAAUAGUAAAACUGACCUGUGAGGCCUCCAGAGUCAACAUGAGGAGCAUCUCAGACUCGGGUCCUGAGCCCCUUCGUUCAUUUCAGAGGGUCGUCCUGUAUUUUAUGUUUCCCACGUGAGCUUCUCCCGUUUCUGCUGUCGUUGUCUGACACUUCUGUGUGUUCUCCAUGCUAAUACAGGUUCAUUAUCUUAAACUUAUCCUGAAUAUGCUGAAAUACCUAUGUAUCAUUUCAUUUGUGUAAGUGCAGAAUUGAAGAUUUUUGAAUAAACGGAGAUCACCUCCAAACACAUCCUGGUCUGAGCUGCCACCGCUAACAGAGAGAACAACUGUUGAUGAUACAGAUCAGAUGUGUUGUGGUGAUACUGACAGGAAAAAGACUCAAAACAGCCCAAACCACAAAUAUACACUCCUCACCAUCAGUGAAGAUAGUGGGAUGAAGUCGAAGAAUAAACAACCAAGUGAAACAUUAAAAACAUCUCUGACUCAUGUUGAGGCGUGUUUAUGAUUAUGGGGAAAUGUCACUAAUACUUGUGUGAUGCUUAAAAAGUCUCUUCGGGGGGGAAUGAGACUGAAACAUACAAGUGAAGUGGAACUUGGUGAAGCUGAACAGAACGGCUCAGAUAUGAAGGUCCAGUUCAGACGAACAGAAGAAACGUGCAGGCGACCGAGUGGAGCGCUGACUUUUGAUCGUCUCUCAGCUCGGAUGUGGAACGCUCACAAUUUCCCUCAACAAGAAAAAAGACUCACUGACAUAGAGUUCAGGAGGAAACACAACUCUGGUAUGAAACGAUCUCAACAUUGAUGUUUGUCAGUGAUCUCAGGAGAACUUCAUUCUGAAUCCACAAAUGAGAUCUGAUCAGAAGAUAACAGGCUGACUGAGAGCUGCCACCACACCUGUCACUCGUUUUAUAACAUGAAGCUGAGUUUAGACACAAUAUUUAAUAUUUCUGUUCAUGUUUUCAGCUUCACCUCCUGUUUUUCAUCCAAAUGAUGAACUUUGCUUUUUGCUUCAUCUCAAUUUUAUUGACUGAUCAGAACAUUUAACUGAAUCUGUUUUUUAUCAGAAAGAACAGUCGAAUGUUUAUUCUUUGAUUCGAUGCCCAGUUUUUAUUAAAAAACAGAAACUUUUUUUGUACCUUUUCUUUUCUCGAUGAGAUCAUCUGAAUGUUGAAUCAAAUGAAUAAUUUCU